GCGGAAGUCAGCGUCGGAGCUGUACGGCAACAUGGCGGCGCGCUGGAUGGAGCUGCGGGGAAACAUGGCGGCGCGCAGCGUGGUGUAGGUGCGUAAGAAAAUUGCCAAGAAAACAGGCACCUCAAGGGAAAUAACCCGGCGGGGCAGCCCCGGAGAUAAAAACUUCUCUGCUGUUGAUUUUUUUUUUUUAUUAUUAUUUUUUGGGGGGGGGGGGUCCAACAUCUCCAGUUGUGGCCCAGCCGUCCGGAACUGGUGGCGUUCGGGGUCCUCAAAGGUGCUUCGGCUUCUCGUGCCCCAGGAAUCUCUCCCCGCUACGCUGCGAGGUUUGCCGGCGGAGGAUUCGCGCGCCGAUGGGCGGUGUCGGAGCGAGGAAUUUCUUCUUCAAAAUGUUUUGGGGGUUGCUGCAGCCCCGUGCCGUUGCGUCGCGCCGCAACGUUUCUCUCCUGGCAGAGCCCCCCCCCAAAGAACACGCCGUUAUUUUGUCUUUCCCAAAUACCAGAUUUCUGCAGCCUUUGGAAAGAAAACUGCAGCCUGUGCGUCUCGCUGACAGAGCUCCCAGCAAAGACACCCGGUCCUGGUCCUUACGCUUCGAGGGCUGGCAUCUAUUUCUCCAAGAUUCUGAGUUGGAGAAGCUCUCGGAGGCGGUUCCGGCUAGGAAGGAAACGGGGUGAUGGAGUCAGGGAAAAGGAGUGCGGAUCUUGAAGGAUGGGAUGCAAAAAUCAGGAAGUUAACAGAAGAAUUUGAAGAAAGCGACACGGAGCUUGAGGAGUGUGACACAGAAAACGAAAUAGGUGAACUUACAGCAGAAAUCGAUAAUCUGACCGCGGAGCUUGAGGAACGUGACAGAAGGAUCAGCAAGCUCACAUCAGAUCUGGGUGAAUGUGACGCAAAAAUCAAGGAACGUGAUAGAAAAAUUACCAAGCUCGCAGCAGAAAUACGUAGACUCACUGCACUGCUUGGGGACCGAGACUCGAGGCUUCGGAAACUCACUGCGGAACUUGCAAAAUGUGAUGCGACAAUUAGACUAUUUACAGUGGAGCUUGGAGAGCGGCACACAAAGAUCGGUGAACUUACUGCAGAUGUCGGGGACUGCAAUAGGAAACUUCGGCAACACGCAGCAGAACUUGAGGAACGGGACGUGAAAAUCAGGGAAAAUGAAGCAGAGAUAAGGCGCCUCACCGAGCUGCUCGAGGACCGGGCUGCAGAAGUUCGAAAACAGGAUGCCGUCAUUAGAAAACUGACCGAGGAGCUUGAGGAAUUAAAGGAUCGGGAAGCUGAUGGAUCUGCUGAGGAGACUGAGGAGAGUGAUCUAGACAGGGACGAACUCACCGAAGAACUUGAUGAAGUCACUGAAGAACUUGGGGAACGUGAUAAAAAAAUAGAGGAAAUCACUGAAGAGCUUUCGGAACGGACUGCACGGAUUGGGGAACUCACUACAGAGCUGGGGGAGCGUGAUGCCAAAAUUGAUGAACUGUCUGCAGAAAUGGAAAAACGCGAUAGAAAAAUAGAUGAACUCACCGCAGAGCUCGAGGAAUACAAAGCAAAAACGCGAAAAUGCAUCGCAGAGCACAGGAAAGAGGAAGAAAAAAUGGCCAACGUGACGCUGGACCCGGCGACCGCCCACCCCCGCCUCGUCCUCUCCAGGGACGGGAAGAGCGUGAGGUGGGAGUACGCGCUGCGGGAGCCUCCCGACGGCCCCGAGCGGUUUGACGCCGAUCCUUGCGUGUUGGGUUGCGAAGCCUUCGCCUCCGGGAGACACUCCUGGGUGGUGGACGUGGCCCAGGGACAAUACUGCGCCGUCGGGGUCAGCAAAGAGUCCCUACAGAGGAAGGGACCCAUCGCCUUUAAUCCCGCGGGAGGGAUCUGGGCGGUGCAGCAGUGGGGGUUUAAGAACCGUGCCCUCACCUCCCCCCCGACCCUCCUCGACCUGCCGCGGGUGCCCAGGAAGAUCCGGAUCUCUCUAGACUACGAGUGGGGAGAGGUGGCUUUUUUCGACGCCGAGAACAAAACACCCAUCUUCACUUUUCCGCCGGCCUCCUUCGCCGGGGAGCGGGUCCGGCCGUGGUUCUGGGUGGAGCUGGGCUCGCUCUCGCUGGUCCGAUGACCCCCCCCACCACCCCACCCCCCCCCCGGCGCCGAGAGGGGUGGCUGGAGGGGCAGGAGGAGCCCUGGAAGCACCUUUACUCCAUCCCGACGCCGAGAGGGGUGGCUGGAGGGGCAGGAGGAGCCCUGGAAGCACCUUUACUCCAUCCCGACGCCGAGAACUUCGGUGGUUAAGAGCAGCAGGACGGAGGCCGGCAUAGAAAUUCUCUCGGGAAGAGCGGCGUCAAGUCAAACCUCGUUCUCCCCCCCCCCCCCUCUCCACCCCCCCAUUCCCGAGCGAGUGCUCCGGCCCCCGUCGUGCGGAGGAAGCACAGCCCAUCCCUCCUGCCCCCAGCCCUCGGCCCGAUGCCUCCCCCUCUGCCAUUCCAGCGUACGGGGGCCACCCAAGGACCCUGGGCUGCUCCUCCGGUUGACGGAAAGAGGUGGGCACCGGAGCAAGUCGCCCGGGGAGGGGGGGGAGUCCGGGCUCCCCCCAGCAUUUCCUUCUCACCUCUUGGCGGUUGACGCGUAGAUUUUGACCGUUUGAGCCGCUUUUAGAGCAGAAAGAGGGGAAACGAGCACUUGCGGUGGGCACCCUCGUCUCAUCCAGGCGUAGACGUCGAAACAGGACAGGCAGGUCGUGCUUUCCCUGUGCCUGUCUCUCUCCAGCAACUUUUGGAGGACUAAAUUUGACUCAAAUCUGGCCUGGGCAGCUGAUCUUAUUCCAAGUGGUUUAACCAGACCUUAGCUCAGUCUUUCGGCCAAGAGCUAAACCUGGAUCCGAGACCGAGCUGCCGUGAUGCCCUCAGGUGCCAAUUGGGGCGCCUGGGGGGAUUAAAAGUUUGAAGUGACUCACGCCAGCACGGAGCUCGGCAUCGUGUUGCCCUAAAGCUUCCAGGGAGGGACUGGGAGCUCUGACACUGGACUCGUGGAUGGGGUUAAGCCAGUGUUUGAGACUUAGGGGCAUCGCCGAAGGUGCUUGGGGGGGGGGGGGUGUCACCAUGGUCUUCCCUCUUCCCGACAUUUCCUUGUACUUGAAGAGCGCUGCUGAAUUCCUCUUUAAUCCCUGCUUGUUCUUAGCCACCUCUGAAGCCCUAAAUCUUGUGUCUUGCCCCGCCAAGGGUUGGCCAACUGGUAAAUCCCAGCCGAACAAUAAACCACUUGACACGCA